CUUUACAGAAGAGCAACAGAUUGAUUGAAGUGAGGAUGCCAAGGUGUAAAACCAACUGCAUUGAAAAGCCUAUGUCUGUUGCUUUUGAAAAGCUCGGUUAUGUUAUUGGUGUCUAUCCAUAUGUGUUUCUUUUCGCUUCAUGUCUUACAAUGGCUCUUGGAAGUGGUUUUAUCUGUCUUUCUAAGCUGGAGGCAAAUGAUAUCGAAGACCAGUUCACACCUGUGAAUGGACCUGCUAAGCUUGAGAGGGAGACUGUAGUGAAACACCUCCGACAACCUGAGGAGUUUUCUCUUCUACGACUCGUAUCUGAAGGAAAAUAUGCCUCUUUGAUCAUUACAGGCAAAAAGAAAACAAACAUAUUAACUGAGACGGCGUUUAAUGAAAUCAUUGAUCUGGAUAGAAAAGUAAAAAAUAUCAACACGGACAACAGCACUUUUGAAAAGCUUUGCGCCCGUUUAAAAGGAAAGUGUAUGUCAAAUCCAAUUUUAGAUAUAAUCAAUUACGACUCCAGUAAAAUCAAGUCUAUAACCAUUACGUAUCCCCUGCAUAAUGGCACGUUUAUGGGAACGAGUCUAGGCGGUGUAAAUCUAAUGGCUGAAAGCUCAGAAAUAAACACAACGAAUGCAGUCAGGCUUUAUUAUUUUUUAAAUGAAAACUCAUUGCAACAAAUAGAAAAGUGGCUUGAUGCUUUCCUCAAAGUCUUCUCAAAAUAUUCAGGGAACAAAGAAGUACGCGUGUCUUACUUUACAUCAAAAUCAAGACAGGAGGAAUUAGAGGCCACAUUAGACUCUGUGAUCCCCCUGUUCUCUAUCACAUAUUGUUUGGCCAUCAGCAUUUCAAUCUUUUUUUGUCUGAGGUUAGACUGUGUUCGAACUAAAGUAUGGGUUGCAUUAGCCGGGGUCCUCUCUGCUGGUAUGGCUGUGCUUGUCAGUUUUGGGUUGCUGCUGUUUUGUGAAACGCCAUUCUCCAUGACGGUUGCCACAGUUCCUUUUCUGAUUCUUGGUAAAGUUAUUUCGGUUCACACAGCGGCUUCUGCUGGAGCUUUACAGAAGAGCAACAGAUUGAUUGAAGUGAGGAUGCCAAGGUGUAAAACCAACUGCAUUGAAAAGCCUAUGUCUGUUGCUUUUGAAAAGCUCGGUUAUGUUAUUGGUGUCUAUCCAUAUGCGUUUCUUUUCGCUUCAUGUCUUACAAUGGCUCUUGGAAGUGGUUUUAUCUGGCUUUCUAAGCUGGAGGCAAAUGAUAUCGAAGACCAGUUCACACCUGUGAAUGGACCUGCUAAGCUUGAGAGGGAGACUUUAGUAAAACACCUCCGACAACCUGAGGAGUUUUCUCUUCUACGACUCGUAUCUGAAGGAAAAUAUGCCUCUUUGAUCAUUACAGGCAAAAAGAAAACAAACAUAUUAACUGAGACGGCGUUUAAUGAAAUCAUUGAUCUGGAUAGAAAAGUAAAAAAUAUCAACACGGACAACAGCACUUUUGAAAAGCUUUGCGCCCGUUUAAAAGGAAAGUGUAUGUCAAAUCCAAUUUUAGAUAUAAUCAAUUACAACUCCAGUAAAAUCAAGUCUAUAACCAUUACGUAUCCCCUGCAUAAUGGCACGUUUAUGGGAACGAGUCUAGGCGGUGUAAAUCUAAUGGCUGAAAGCUCAAAAAUAAACACAACGAAUGCAGUCAGGCUUUAUUAUUUUUUAAAUGAAAACUCAUUGCAACAAAUAGAAAAGUGGCUUGAUGCUUUCCUCAAAGUCUUCUCAAAAUAUUCAGGGAACAAAGAAGUACGCGUGUCUUACUUUACAUCAAAAUCAAGACAGGAGGAAUUAGAGGCCACAUUAGACUCUGUGAUCCCCCUGUUCUCUAUCACAUAUUGUUUGGCCAUCAGCAUUUCAAUCUUUUUUUGUCUGAGGUUAGACUGCGUUCGAACUAAAGUAUGGGUUGCAUUAGCCGGGGUCCUCUCUGCUGGUAUGGCUGUGCUUGUCAGUUUUGGGUUGCUGCUGUUUUGUGAAACGCCGUUCUCCAUGACGGUUGCCACAGUUCCUUUUCUGAUUCUUGGUAUUGGAGUUGAUGAUAUGUUUAUUAUGAUCUCCUGCUGGCAGAAGACAAGAGUUGAUAAAGACGUGGGAGAUCGCUUGGCAGAAACGUAUAAAGAGGCAGCUGUGUCCAUCACUAUAACCACGCUGACGGACGUCCUCUCUUUCUACAUUGGUCUCUUGACUCCGUUUCGCUCAGUGCAAUCUUUCUGUUUGUACGCUAGUACGGCCAUUCUCUUCUGUUAUGUCUUCAACAUCACAUUCUUCGGUGCUUGUCUUGCACUGAACGGACGGCGAGAGAAAGGCAACAAACAUUGGCUCACCUGCAUGAAAGUUCCUGAAGUGACGAGUGAUAAUGUGACCGGUAAUAUUUGCUGUGUCGGUGGUGCUUAUAACGAAAACACAGGUACUGAUUUAGAAACGCCUAUAGAUUUGUUCUUUAAAAACCACUAUGGACCUUUUCUGACAAAGACAUGGGUUAAGGUUUGCGUGUGCGUGUUUUACGCUGGUUAUUUAGCGGCCAGCAUCUAUGGAUGUUUUCAAAUACAGGAAGGACUUGACGUGAAAAAUUUAGCAGCGGACAACUCGUACGUCGGUAAUUACUAUGAUGAUGAAGAUAAAUAUUUUUCCACUUAUGGUCCCAAUGUCAUGUUAGUCAUGACAGACGAAAACUUUCAGUACUGGAAUUCAUCUGCACGUUCUCAAAUAAAAAAAUGCCUGGACCUUUUUCAGAAUCUGCCGGUGGCUUGCAAUGACUCAAAAAUCUCACCAAUUUCUUGGCUUCAUGCGUAUAUGCAGUAUGGAAAUGAUUCUGGUCUAAAUUUAAAUGAUGAAAUACAAUUCAAAGAAAAUUUAACUUACUUUCUAUCUGACGUUCGUUUUUUUGGUUUCAGUCAAGAUGUCAACUUCAGUGACAAUACCAUUUAUGCAUCGCGCAUGUUCAUUCAGACGAUGAACAUCAGCACAUCGGUCGAUGAGAAGAAUAUGCUGAAUGCAUUCAGAGAAACAGCAGAAAAAUGUGGACAGUUUCAGCCCCCUAUUAAUCUAACCGUGUACCACCCCAUGUUUAUCUAUUUUGACCAAUAUGACUUCAUAGUAAGUUCUACGAUCCAAAAUGUAAUAGUUACUACAUGCGCCAUGUUACUUAUUUCACUCUUGCUGAUACCAAAUCCUAUUUGUUCAGCUUGGGUGACAUUUGCCAUAGCGUCUGUCUUCGUGGGUGUGGCUGGUUUCAUGGCAUUAUGGGAUGUUAGUUUAGACUCAAUAUCUAUGAUCAUUCUUAUUAUCUGUAUUGGUUUUUCCGUAGACUUCUCUGCUCAUAUAUCCUAUGCUUUUGUGUCAAGCGAACGAUCGUCCGCAAAUGACAAAGCCAUAGAUGCUAUCUAUAACCUGGGCUACCCGGUAAUACAAGGAGCGGUGUCCACUAUCGCAGGUGUAAUUGUGCUCGCUGGUGCGGAAAGCUACAUCUUCCGAACCUUCUUUAAAAUCAUGUUCCUAGUCAUUCUUAUCGGGGCUGUGCACGGCAUCACAUUCAUACCCGUCUUCCUGACUUUCUUUGGGACGUGUGGCCAGACGUGUUCUGUCAAACUUGAAAAACAUAAACGAAGUCACGACCAGUCCAAUGAUAGAAAGGAUCAGAAAGUAGCAACAGUGAUAAGUAAUAAUGGAAUUAUCCAGACCGAUAUCAAAGCCUUUACUCAAAAUAAUGUCAGCUAUUAUUACGGCAUUGAUUAUAAAACUGGUAUGGGAACAAUAGUCGCAGGAGCACUGCCAGUUGAUCCUGACUGUUACUGAUACUUAAAUAAAGGUGUGUGAGGUGUGCCUAGAAUGUGUCUGUGAAGUUUAGCUCAAAAUACCCCACAGAUCAUUUAUUAUAACAUGUCCAAAAUGCCACUUUUUGGAUGGGGCACCGUUUUCAUGUGUGUACCUUUAAAUGCAAAUGAGCUACAGCUCCUUUACCAGACAGUGAGCGCUUUCAGUUAAAAUAGAUCUGAUUCCUGUGAAUACAAUCUGAGACGAUACUAUCUUUAGCAGCAUUAGUGCUAACAAUCACAUUUAGAAAAGCUUUUGGGUAAAAUUAACCAGUCAGUCAAUGGUCAUGGGCUUUGUUUGUGCAGUAAUUCCCACACAUUGACUUUACUUAUUCACCCAGGUAUAUUCCCCACCAGCCAUUUUUUUAAAUAAGUUGCCCUCCAGCAUUUUUUGUGAUUUUUACAAAACUUUCACAAAAUGCCAGGAAGAUUUUCUUCUAUAAAUAUAUAAACAUACAAAUUAGGGCUGCAACUAACGAUUAUUUUAAUGAUCGAUUAAUCUGUCGAUUAUUAUUAUUUAUUUAUUUUCGAUUAAUCGAUGAAUCAUAAUAAAAAGCAUUAAUUUCCAACCCUUUAUUCAGAAAACAAACAUGUUGUUCCUUGAACAUCCCUGAGCUGUUAAAGUAAUAAAAAUAAAAUAAAAUAAAAAUGGACUAACACAAAAAACAUACACAUGUAUGCUUUACAUCUGCCAAAUAUAUAGACUUUUUUAAAAUAAACUGCUCCUGAGCUGCCAGAACAAUAAAUAAUUUAUAAAAAAUAUAGAACAAUAUCAGAAGCAAAAUGAUCUGCCAAUGGGGUAAUAAAAAAUAAUCUUAAUCAGAUAUAGACGGUUUCAUCGGACGCACGUGUGCUGACGCGAUACACAUCUGGAUCCGAACUUUCUUCCGGUUUCGGUUUUUUUAAUGGUCUGACUAGUUGCUAAACGGAUCUCUUGAACAAAUGUCUCUUCAAAAAUAACAAAUGUUUUGGUUUCCUAGGUAAUCUGUGUGUUGUUUUUUGCUUGGUAUAUAUAUAUAAACUACGUUUAAAGAACUUUGUUUUUAUUUAUUCUUAGCAGAGUUUACCGGAAGUUACGUGCGGACCACGACAGCUGCUUAUGUUGUUACUGCUGAAACCGUGUAUAUAUAACAGCAACAAGAUUAUUUUUAUUACCCCAUUGGCAGAUAAUUUUGCUUGUUUUGAGCAAACAAUCACUUAAUUUUAAAUGCAUCUUGCUUUGCAUUGCAAACUUGUGUGACAGCUGUCCAGUUGUCAUUAGAAGCACUAGUGCAGUGCCCGUAAAUAAUUUGUUUUUGUGUGUAUUUUUAGUAAUUGUUUAGUAAUUGGUUUGGUGUGUUUGAGUGGUCAUUGUUACAAUAACACCUCAAAAGUUCAGUGACGUUUUUAUUUGUGCAAGGUAGAAAGAAAAUACUGAUAGAAAUAAAACACUGAUACUGACAUAAUUAAGUCCCUUGUUAUUAUGACGUGUAGACUGGCAUUGAUCAUGGUUUAAAACAAAAUAAGCAAGCAACAUGCAAUGCAUUCUAUGUCUGUCAUUCUAAAUAUAUACAAGUCCAUUUUACGUCUUUUAGUUUGUAAACCGAAUUAAAGCGCUGUUUUAGAAAAGCGCACAUGCAAAAUCCUUACAGGCUUUAAGACCCUGGGGAAUCCCUGGCAGCGGUGGACUUGUGCUUGAAUGAAAUAUCCGGAAACAACAGAGAACACAGUUUUUUUUAUACUAAAUCGAUUAUGAAAUUCGUUGCCAACGCUCUCAGUUAUCGAUUGUUAUCAAUUUAAUCAAUUCGUUGUUGCAGCCCUAAUACAAAUGUGUUAGGAAUAAUUGACAAUGGGCCGUUAAAUUAUAAAAAAAAACAAUUCACACCCAAGGUGGUAAUGUGGCACUCCGCAAAGCUGAGUGUUCAUUAUUUUCACAUAAUUCAGUGGACCAGAGUCAAUUAAAUCCGCUUACCACGGUUACCACAAACAUUGCUGGUGACUAUUUUUAACACAUCUGACAGGUCAGAUAUGCUCUUAUCAAAAAAUAAUGCAUACCUGUGGAACAUUUCUCAACCAAUCAGAAUACAGCAUUCAACAGACCCGUAGUAUAAAUCAAAUAAAUAAACAGACCCUCUGCUUUCAAACAAACAAAAUGGGAAACAUGUUACAUCCUACCUUUAUUUGUUCUCAUUUUAUAACUUCUUAAAUAUGAGUAGGCUUCUUUAAAAAUACCGCAUUUUGAAUCUGAAAUAAUUGCAUUUUUGUUGAUUUUUUUAUCAAAGCAUACACAGUGUUUAUAAUUUGUAAAAUUUGUUUUUGCUUCAGUUUUUUAUAAGUGGAUCUAGUGGAUAAUAGCGGAAUUACAGACAACCGUAAAAACUCGUAAGGGAAACAUCAUUGACAGGGAAAUGUUUUCUCUUAAUUGAUGAGAUAACUCGUCUAUGGCGGGGAAAGAGUUAAGUGUGUUAAACUGUGUUUAACUGUUUAACAGAAGGUUUAGAUUGUGAGAUGUGUGGUGCUUCACUCGUGCUAAAGCCCGUGUGUGAUUGUAUAAUUGCAUGUACAUUUGAUGUUCAAAGUUAUUAUUUUUCUGAUUUGUUCAAUUGGUUAUAUUUGUAAAUAUUUUAAUCAUUUGGUACAUUGUCCUGGAUCAGAAGAUGUUACGUGCCAUAACAAUAUAUUUUCUGUAAAUUGUAUUUCUGUACUUGUCACAGUGCCGAAUGAUGAAACGUGUCCAUUGUAACGUGUUUGUCAUUUAAUGUAAGUAGAUAUAUAAAAAAAAUAUAUAUAUAUUUUACUGUAUGUAAGUUCAUCAUUUGUGCUGUGCAGUGUGAUAUGUGAAUAAUAACCACAAUUCUUAGUGAAUAAUAAGAAUAAUGAAAGUUACAUGAAUGUAAACAGAAGUAAAGAGGUUUG